AUGUUCACGUACAGAGGACGCGGAGGACCCAGCAGGUCAACUCCGGCCAAUGUCCAGUGCCAAAAGUCACGGCACUAUUCAUAUGAAUGCAAGUCAUCAUCUCAGGAACGGCCAUAUGUCUCUCGCCCUUCGCGUUCACAACAGCUUCGCAAUCCUAAGCUUGUUCCCAAACUGACAAGCGACACUCCCAAUCCCCUAGAAAAGAAAAAAGGUGUUGCAGAUCAGGAGCUUGCCAAAUUAGAGGCUGAGCGGGAAAGAAAGCGAGAGCUCGAGGAUCGCGAGGAUGAACUGCUAGAUGCGGGUUCCAGGCGCCGGAGAUCCGUCUCAUCUCACUCAGUCUCCACCAUCUCAACAGAUGCAUCAAGAGAUUCUCGCUCUCCGCCCCCUAGGCGAAGAACCAGGUCUCCUGCCGCCAAGCGUCGAGACCAUAGCCCUAAGUCUGCUAGCAAUCGCAGUUACAGCGCAGACUCCGCCAGUGAUCGCAGUUACAGCCGAAGUCCGUCACCUCCACGACGGCAAAGGCGAAUCGAUCCGGGCAGCCCUCUCGUGCUCGAAGAGAUGAUGUCUCGCCCCCUCGGCAACGGCAUGAUCAAGGGCCUGGGAGACGUCAUGGCAAACGGCGGGGUGAUUCAAACUCGCGAUCGAGGUCACCGCAGCGAGAUGACCGGCCAUAUCGAAGGCGAGAUGAUGACAACCGACCGCGUGGCGGACGUCGUGGCGGUGGUCAUCAGGGACACGGGAGAAUGCCUCCCAGAGACGCGCCCCGAGAGCGAAGUCUGA